AUGAUUCCUGUUGGUGGUUCAGCCGAGUAUAUUCUGAGGAUCUUCCCUGAAACCGGGCAGACCAUCGAUGGUCUAGUCGUGGCUACAGCGACUGCCGGGCCUUCCAUCGAUGAUCUGUCCAGGCUUGGUGUUGGCGAUGAGAAUAACCACCAUAUGCUGCACGAGUCUCAGGAGAUUCCUCUACGGGUGUACGGGAUUGCCAAAGUUCCUCAUCUUCUUUUCACCAAGGAGGACUCAACAGACCAGAGGGUCCUUACUACUGAGGACGGCCAUGUGCGCAUCGAUUUCGGCUCCUGUUCGCCGGGAAUAACACAUUCAGUAGAAGUAAACGUCACAAAUGCGACUCCUGUUAGUACUUCCUUCUUCGCUAAACCUAUUGUUAAGGUGGGCAGUGUGGGAUUUCACAGAAGUAGAUUCACCCUCAGGCAAGUCCGUUCGACAUUAGACUGA